CACAUUUGUUUAUAAAUUUGUGAAGCAAUAGCUAAAACCGAAAACUCCGAUAAAAUUGUAUUAGUUUCUUAAGUCUUACCGCAAGAGUACCGACUGUAGAAACAACUACACUUCAUAGGAGUUUCCGUUGUUUCACCAUCAUACCGAUUCCGCAGUUAAACGCGUGUAAAUAAACCUCUAGCAAGUGCACAAACAUGGCCGGCUUAGAGUCGAUGAUAGUGGAAGAAAAGCAGCAACCGAUGAAAAUUGUUGAUCGGGAAAAGACAUGCCCACUGUUGCUGCGCGUGUUUUGCUCGACCGGACGCCACCAUUCGACCAACGAGUACUCCUACGGCAAUGUGCCUUCGAACGAGCUGCAGAUCUACACCUGGAUGGAUGCAACAUUGCGGGAACUGACGACGCUGGUGCGGGAUGUAAAUCCCGAAACACGCCGUAAGGGUACGUACUUCGAUUUUGCGGUUGUUUAUCCGGAUCGUGGGUCUACGUACCGAAUGCGCGAGAUUGGCGUUACCUGUUCCGGUCAGAAAGGGGCUGAUGAUUCAAAAACGUUAGCACAAGCCAAAUUUACGAUCGGCGAUUUCAUGGACAUUAACAUUACACCACCAAAUCGAAUUCCACCUCCACGCCGGCAGCGACCAUAUUGAGUGGUACGAAAGUAAAUACCGUACCCGGGAACGUACGAUAAGCGCUUUUUUCUCAUAGAACUUAGCGACCAGAUAACCAAAUCUGCCAUCAUCCAGCGAUUUGCACUGAGAUGUCUUUUUACACGACUAGAAAAAAAAGGAAGAAUUGGCGCGGAUUUUAGAUUUUAAGUGUUUAAUUUUCCAUCGCACACAUCAAAAUGCCGGUACGGAAAACUUUAUUUCUUGUCUCAUCUUCAGAGUUAAGUGUGUGGCGUGUGUGUGUGUGUGUUUUUUUCCAUUAAUUAAAACUUAGAACGAAACGAGCCGUAUGUAAGAAAGUAUCACCGUUAAAGUGAUAAACGCGCGCGUGCUUGCAAUAAAUACAAUCUUUCCUACAUUC